AAUGGGAAGGGUGCCUGCCUGCGCGGGGUGGUCGCCUUCCUCGCCCUUUCCCCCGCAUCCACUUCCAGAGCAGAAGCGCAGCCAAAGGGUCGAGAAGAGGAAGGAGGCGGCCAGCCCUGGUGGCCCUGGAAACGCCGCCUGUCAUCCUCAAGACUGGAUGUUCAGUCAGAAAUAAAAAAAUGGAGUUCCAGAAUGCAGGUAGCCAAAUUCCUAAGGAGAAAAUGGAGGGAGAAGAAAGAGACUCUCAAGUUUUUCAUAUUGAGGCCACCGAGAAGUUCCUGUCUGGUGUGGAUCCCCAACAACUUAAAGCGGAAUCAGAUAAGGAGUUGGACCACAGCCUAGAUGCUCAGUGGCAGGAUUUUGAGAAGACCAUGCAUCUCCCUCACUCAGAAAAUGGGAAAUCCCAACAACCUGGAUCUGUAGAUUGGGACCAUAUUACAUCUAUUUCAGCAUGUCUGACAGCCAACCAGAGGCCUAUAGAAAAAACUGCUCCAGUGCCAAACAGUCCAGAAGAGAGAGAAGCAGUCCUAGAGAAGGAUGUUACCUACUUGGAUGAAUAUUGCCAACAGUUCAGGCAGUUUUCCUAUCAAGAGGCUGGUAGGCCCCGAGAGGUUUUCAGGCAUCUCCAGGAUCUCUGCCAUCAAUGGCUGAAACCGGAGACCCACACAAAACAGCAGAUUCUGGAGUUAGUGAUCCUGGAACAGUUCCUGGCUAUCUUGCCUCCAGAAAUGCAGAGCUGGGUGAGAGGAGACCACCCUGGAACCUGCUCCCAGGCGGUGGCCCUGGCAGAAGAUUUCUUGCUGUGGAAGGAAGAGGGGGAAUCGCAGGAACAGCAGAUGUCAGAGACCGUAGAGAAGACAGAUGUGAAAUCCUGCAAGGCUGAGCAAGCUAAGAUGAUGCAGCGGUACUUGGAGACUGAGCAAAAGAGUAAAGGGAAGACCUCCUUGUUAGGUGUUGUGAAAGGUGAUGGGAAAGAUCAACAUCCAGUUUGUCUAGAAACAUCUAAGGACAUGGAACUUAGUGGUUGUAUAUCUGACAAGGGUCAGAGGAUUUUUUUCCAAUUUUCUGAAACAAAAAAAAUGCCUGUAAUUCAGGGUUCAGAGAGGCGUGAGAAAAAUGAGGGAAAUAACAAUGAAAACUGUACAUGGGAGGAAGCUUGCAAAAGUGGUGAAAUUCUAGGCAAAUCCAUCUUGCACAAGAGAAUUCAUAAGCAGAACAGGACACAGUCUGGUUGUACAAAAAACACCAGCCAAAAUUCUGACCUUCUUAAGCAUCUGAAAAUGCCAUCUGAAGAAAAAACAUGUCAGCAUACGGACAGUGGGAUGAGCUCCAGUAAGAAAUCAAGCCUUCAGCAGGAGAAAACACAAAAAGGAAAUAAGCAGUGUACCAACUCUUAUAAUCAAAAGAACUCUAGUCCAGCAGAAUGCCUAAACAAUCCUCUAACAAUAUCUCUAGGAGUGAAGCCACACAAAUGUUCUAAGUGUGGGCACACUUUCACUCAGAGCAUGGGCCUUCAAGAAGAUGAUUCAGGAGAGAAGCUUUGUAUAUGUUCCAACUGUGGUAAAAGCUUUAUUUAUGGGAAACAGGAAAGUACACACCUAGGAGAAAAAACAUUCAACCCUUCAGAAAGUGAGAAAAGUCUUCCACAGGCCUCUGAUCUUUCCACAGGAGAGAAACCAUACACGUGUUCAGAUUGUGGGAAAACGUUCAGCUUUAGGUCCAGCCUUGUUCGUCAUCAGAGACUCCACACAGGAGAGAAACCAUAUAAAUGUUUAGACUGUGGGAAAAAUUUCAGUCAGAGUUCUAAUCUUCUUAAUCACCAGAGGAUCCAUACAGGAGAGAAGCCAUACAGUUGCAUAAACUGUGGGAAAUCUUUCAGUAACAGUUCGAGCCUCACAUCUCACGAGAGAACCCACAGAGGAGAAAAGCCUUAUAAAUGCUCCAAUUGUGGGAAGAACUUCAGUUGUAAUUCAGUCCUUAGGAUACAUGAAAGAAUCCACACAGGAGAGAAGCCAUAUGAGUGUUCGGAAUGUGGGAAGAGCUUUAGCCGAAGAGAAUUCCUGAUUGGGCAUCAGAGAACUCACACAGGGGAGAAACCAUAUGAGUGCUUGGAUUGUGGGAAAAGUUUCAGUCAGAGAUCGAAUCUUAUCAAUCAUCAGAGAAGUCACACUGGAGAAAAGCCAUUUGAGUGCUCAGACUGUGGGAAAAGAUUCAGUCACAAAGCAUCCCUUAUUAAACAUGAGAGACAUCAUAUAAAAACAUGGGAUAAACGAUAUAAAUGUCUGGAGUGUGGAAAGUGCUUCAAUCGGAGUGACCACCUCACUUCACAUCAAAGGGUUCACACAGGGGAAAAACCAUACAAAUGCUUGGAGUGUGGGAAGAGCUUCACUCAGAGCAGAAGCCUAACUUCUCACCAACGUAUUCACACAGGGGAGAAGCCAUAUACAUGCUUGCAGUGUGGGAAGAGUUUCAGUGAGAGUGGGAAUCUUAAUUCACAUCAAAGGAUUCACAGUGGGGAGAAACCAUAUACAUGCUUGCAGUGUGGAAAAAGCUUCCAUCAUAGUUCAAAACUUACUGCACAUCAAAUGGUUCAUACUGGGGAGAAACCAUAUACCUGUUUUUAUUGUGGCAAAAACUUCAGUCAGAGUUCAAACCUUGCUUCUCACCAAAGGAUUCACACUGGGGAGGAGCCAUAUAAAUGCCUACAAUGUGGAAAGAGCUUCAGAUGGAGGGACAACCUCAAUUCACAUCAAAGAAUUCACACAGGGGAGAAACCAUAUAAAUGCUUAGAUUGUGGAAAGAGCUUCAAAAGGAGUGCCAACCUUACUUCCCACCAAAUGAUUCACACUGGGAAAAAACCAUAUAAAUGUCUUGAAUGUGGAAAGAGCUUCAGAAAGACUGCAGAACUUACUUUUCACCAGAGGAUUCACACAGGCGAGAGACCCUAUAAAUGUUUGGAAUGUGGAAAGACUUUCAGCUCAGGUGCAGAACUUACUUCUCACCAGAGGAUUCAUACAGGGGAAAAGCCAUAUAAAUGCUUGGAAUGUGGAAAGAACUUCAGCAGAAGUGACAAUCUAAGUUCACAUCAAAGGACUCACACAGGUGAGAAACCAUAUCAGUGUUUGGAAUGUGGAAAGAGCUUCUGUUGGAGUGCUGAUUUUACUUUUCACCAGAGGAUUCACACUGGGGAAAAGCCGCAUAAAUGCUUGGAGUGUGGAAAGAGCUUUACUCGGAGUGGCAGGCUAGCUUCACAUCAAAAAAUUCAUAAAAAGAAAACAAAUAGAUGCCUGGAGUGUGGAAAGAGCUUCAGAAACAGCAAAAGCCUUAUUUCCCACCAAAGGAUUCACACUGGAGAAGAUCCAUACCAAUUAGAGUUACUGAAAGAAGUUAACUUAAUUCCUCUUUACCCAAUUUCUCCCUGAAACAAAUACAUCUUAAUCUAGUCACACUUGUCAUUUUGUCUGACCUUCCGACAUCAGAAAAGUCAUAUAGAUGCUCUGAUUGUAGGAAAGGCUUGUGCCUGAUAAUUUAUUAGGCAAAAAAUGUAGCGGACUGUGGGAGAAACCUGAGACAGGACAAAAAUAAUUCUGGGGGGCAGAGAAGUCUUUGAAUAGCUCCUGUUUUGGAGUCAAGACUGUUUCUUGGCACUUUUUGUGGGCAGGCUCAUCUUUUUUGAUAGUCCCACUAUAUUAGCUUUGUACUUUAACAGUUGAUAGUGUCAACAGCCAUGUUAAAUAAUGGCAGAAAAUUUCUCGUGAAUUUAUUGACAGUUGCUAGAAUAUUGGUUGACCAGUCAUGGAGGCUGGAACCUUGUUUACUGGUGACUGAUUGAGGCAAUUCAGGUAUGUAAUAUAAUGAAUAAAUGAAUGGCUUAUAAAGAUCUAACACAGAAAAUAGCAUUUAGAGAAGCAAAUGGCGUAGGAGGUUAAGAGCUCGUGUAUCUAAUCUGGAGGAACCGGGUUUGAUUCCCAGCUCUGCCGCCUGAGCUGUGGAGGCUUAUCUGGGGAAUU